GUCCGUCCUGACAGAGUGGAAAGAUGCAUGAGUGUAAUGCAGUCAGGAACUCAAAUGGUCAAGCUAAAAAGUGGGAGCAAAGGCUUGGUUCGCCUUUUCUACCUGGAUGAACACAGGACAUGCAUUAGGUGGCGUCCAUCAAGGAAAAACGAAAAGGCAAAAAUUACCAUUGACUCCGUUUGUAAAGUUAUAGAAGGGAGCCUUCAUCGGCAUGCUGAAGGGAGCUUUGAUCCUAGCUGCUGCUUCAGUGUUUACCAUGGCAGUCAUAUGGAGGCAUUGGAUUUGGUAACAUCCAACUGUGAGGAUGCACGCACUUGGAUAACUGGAUUAAAAUACCUAAUGGCUGGAAUCAAAGAUGAAGAUUCACUUGCGAAAAGACAGAGAAUUCAUGAUCAAUGGAUAAAACAGACCUUUGAAGAAGCUGACAGGAAUGGAGAUGGCUUACUGUGCAUUGAAGAAAUCUAUCAACUGAUGCAUAAACUAAACGUGAAUCUACCUCGCAGGAAAAUCAGGCAGAUGUUUCAGGAAGCUGACACAGAUGAAAAUCAGGGCACAUUAAAUCUUGAAGAGUUCUCUGUGUUUUAUAAGAUGAUGUCUUUGCGACGGGAUCUCUUUCUGCUGGUGAAGUUUUACAGUGACAAGAAGGACUAUCUGACUGUGGAAGAGCUUGCUCAGUUUCUUAAAUCGGAACAAAAAAUGGCGAAUGUGACAUUAGACUAUUGUAUGGAUAUUAUAAGAAAGUUUGAAGUCUCCGAGGAAAACAAGCAACAAAAUGUCUUGGGAGUCGAAGGUUUUACUAACUUCAUGCGCAGUCCUGCAUGUGACAUAUUUAACCCCUUGUACUAUGAAGUACAUCAGGAUAUGGAUCAGCCCCUGUGCAACUACUUUAUUGCUUCAUCACACAACACAUACUUGACAGGAGAUCAACUCCUUUCUCAGUCCAAGGUGGAUAUGUAUUCCUGGGUGCUGCAGGCUGGUUGCCGCAGUGUGGAAGUUGACUGCUGGGAUGGCCCAGAGGGUGAGCCAAUUGUACAGCAUGGUUACACACUCACCUCCAAGGUCCUCUUCAGAGAUGUUGUUGAAACCAUUGGCAAAUAUGCUUUCAUCAAAAAUGAGUAUCCUGUAAUCCUCUCUAUUGAGAACCACUGCAGUAUUCAGCAGCAACAGAAGAUUGCCCAAUACUUAAAGGAUAUCCUUGGUGACAAACUGGAUUUAUCCCCUGCUGGUACUCAUGUCACGGAUCGAUUUCCCACUCCUAAGCGCCUGAGAGGAAAAAUUCUCAUAAAGGGGAAAAAACUGCCUCCUGACCUCAGGACUGAUGCAGAAGAAGGAGAGGUGUCCGAUGAAGAUAGUGCUGACGAAAUUGAAGAAGAGUGCAAAUUAAAAACCAACGGUAACAGUACAAACUAUCAUCAAGUGGAAUGUUUUAUCAGAAAGAAACUGGAUUUCUUGCUGAAAGAAUCUCAGAUCCAGGAUAAAGAGAAUCCAGAUAGCUAUACAGUCUGUGCACUUCUGAAAGCUACACACAAAGGCCUAAAUGUCAGUCUACAACAGAAAUUAGAGGUUAAAGAAAAUGUUAAAGAAAGUGGGAAGAAAGCGCACAACCGUUCAUUUAUCAGUAGUUUUUCCAAACACAAGAAGAGUGGAAAAUCCAAAGCAAAACUGUACAAUACAAGUGACGAAGUUCAGCAGGAUUCCACAGGGAAAGAAACUGGGCAGUGCUGUAGAAUGGGCCGCCACAGAAAAACAGUGAAACUAUACCGUGGUCUUUCUGAUCUGGUUAUAUACACCAACUCUGUGUCUUCCCAGGAUCUUCUAGGGAAAGGUCCUGCUGGGAAAGUUUUGUCUUUAAGUGAGACUCAAGCCAACCAACUUUUACAUCAAAAACCUGAAUACUUCAUUCGUUUUAACCAAAAACAGCUCACCCGCAUCUACCCAUCUGCCUACAGAAUAGACUCGAGCAACUUUAACCCACAAGAGUACUGGAAUGUUGGCUGUCAGAUGGUGGCAUUAAACUACCAGUCUGAUGGUCGAAUGAUGCAGCUAAACAAGGCAUUAUUUACGCUAAAUGGAAAUUGUGGAUAUGUCCUAAAACCUCAGUCGAUGUGUCAAGAUGUUUUUAAUCCGUUCUCUGAAGAUCCUCUGCAUGGCCACCCAAAAAAGCAGCUAACCCUGAAAAUAAUCAGUGGGCAGCAGUUGCCAAAACCACCUCAUUCUAUGCUUGGGGACAGAGGAGAGAUAAUUGAUCCUUUUGUUGAAGUGGAAAUCAUUGGUUUGCCAAUAGAUUGCUCUAAGGAACAGACCAGAGUGGUGGAUGAUAAUGGAUUUAAUCCUGUCUGGGAGGAAACUGUAACUUUUACAGUGCACAUGCCCGAAAUAGCCCUGGUUCGGUUUCUAGUCUGGGAUCAUGAUCCUAUUGGUCGAGACUUUGUUGGUCAAAGAACGGUGCCAUUUAGUACUCUCAUGCCUGGAUAUAGGCAUGUUUACCUGGAGGGCAUGGAAGAAGCUUCGCUCUUUGUGCAUGUGAUGAUUCAUGACAUUUGUGGAAAGAUGCAGCAACUAAUGGGACUCAAAGGUCUAUUUAACAAGAACACCAAGUAUGCCUCUGUAAACAGAAACAGUGGCAACUUUACACAAAAGAAAUCCUUUGGGAACCGAAUUCUACGCCGCACUGCCAGUGCGCCUACAAAGGGAAGCAAAAAGAGCAAAAGUGUGCUUCUGGAAAUGUGCACUGAAUUGCGGCAACGAGAAUCCAAUCCUCUUAAUUGCAGCAGGCAAGAAACACACAGCAAACGUGGAACGAAAAAACUCCAAACACGGCCUACUUCUAUGCCAGUUGAUAAAUUGCUUUAUGGAGAAAUAACGCCACCUGUUGAUGAAAGACAAGAAACCUCUGAAACAAAAACAAACACAAGCUCAAGUAAAAAGCAUUGUGAAGAUAAAUGCAUGGAAUCAUCAUUUGUUUUACCUCACUGUGUUCCAUUAACUGCUGCCACUGAAUUUUGUGGAUCUCAGUCACAAGACUUGACGAGGAAUAUUUCUAAAGCAUUGUCUGUAAAUACAGAACAUUUUUCAUAUAACAUUCCAAUACACGAGCAUAGUUCCUUUGAAAAUCUACCCUUCAAAGAGCAGCAUCAUGCUAAGUCUGUUGACCUUGAUGAGGUUUGUGAUGAAGGACAGUUGCACAAAAAUGAACUGCUCCAAUUUGAAGGUAAUCAAAUUUUGCGUCAGCUGACCAAAGAGAACCUAGUACCAGAACAAAAACCCACUGAAAGACAACAGGAACCAAAUGUGGAAAUUGGUUCAGUUCCAUUUUGUAAUCCAAAGCUUGUAGAAAGUGAAGAAAAUAUUGAAAAAAUGGAAUCUAACAACAAGGCGCAUUAUAUCACAAUGUCUUCUAUUUGUUCACCUGACCCUGUUAACAAUUUUGAUGCUACAAGAUCUUUAGGUUUGACUCCUGACAGCACAGUCUCUCAUCUGAUUGAUGCCAUGUCCUUGUCCAAUGAAAGUGGAGUUGGCAGUUCUAUUUCAGCACUCAUUGCACAAUUUGAAACAACAGCUGACAGAACCAAUCUGACCAUGGUUUCAAGUUUUCAUGGGACCGGCAAUCAUACAUUAAGCAUGAUGUCUGGACUGUCACAUACUUGUGGCUUAGAAAUGAAUGCACCUGCAGACCCACCGUGUAGGAAUGUUAAAACCAAGAAACCAUGUUUGGAUGUAACAGCAGAUACUACAAUCUUCUCUAGCCCUGAAACAUCAGACCAUUCCACAUAUACCAUAAUUCAUGAGGAAGUUCUCUCUCCAGUUUCCUUGCAUAACACUAGAAAUGGAAAUACAUUUGAUAGAACGUUGGAGGUCACACUAAAUAAAACCUUAAAUCCUCUGGAUAUCCAUACAAGUACCUUUGUAAACGCAAAUACAUCCAGCAUCUAUGAUGCAAGCUGGAGCUCGAUGGAUGCUUACAGUAAAUGUGAUAGUACAACAGCCACAGGUAUAGCAGCUGAUGAUACAAUUCUUAAUGUGUCUCUACCGAUUGAUUCUUUUUGCAGCAGUUUAGUCGAAAUGGAUGACUUUGAGUUUCCAGUGACAGGCGCAGAAAACUGUAAUGAAAACAUAGGCCCAGAAAAUUCUUCAUCAGCUUGGAAUUUUUAUCAGUCGGGCAACAUAAAUAGUGAAAAACUAAGCAAUUGCUUAUUUUUGGAGGACUUACCAGCUUCAGCUGCAGAUGAAAAUGCAUUGUGUACUUCUAAUACAAAUAAUUGGAAUCCACUGUGUUCAGCCAAAUGUAGAACCUCACCAGACAUCCAUCCUUUUACUGCAGCAAAUCAACCGAGUGCAUGUAAAUCCAAGAGUCUUGGUGAUCUGACUUCUGAGGACAUAAGCUGCACCUUUGAAAGCAAAUACAAAUUCAUCAGCAAAGGCUUUAUUGUGCCAUGUAUAAAAGAUCAACAAACGUCUUCCCUUAGAAAUGUGCCACAGCCUGCUGAUGCUUUAACAGAACAAUUACGCAAACUUGUAUCAUUAGAACAGGAGGAGAAUCAAGAAACCCAGGUUUCAAGUAUAAGGCCGGAAUCAGGUUACCAAAGGGGACUAGUAAGAAAGCUCUCAUCCAGAAGCCAGAGCAGAGUCCGUUAUGUUGCUAACAGGGCAAAGCAAAUUCAGGAAGCCAACAAGCAUAGAUUUUCUGGUGGUGUGGUUUUAAGGAAUAAACCCCCCAUACAGCACCAUACAGUUAAUAGGCACUCCACAGGUUCCUACAUUGCAGGAUACCUGAACCAGCUUGAAGAGGAAGGAUUGGAAGGCCGAGGUAUUCCUGAAGGUUCUUGUAGUACACCGCAUCACAGGUAUCUUGAUAACUUUUACAGUGACAACUCAAUCUUGCAAACUGAACCCAGCACUCUCAGUGAGCCAGAAAUUUAUUUCUUACUUCGACUGUGAUUUAGGAUUUUUUAAACAUGCCAUUUGCAACCUUUUUAAAAUGACUGUCCUAUUGAAAAAUCAUUUUAGAAUGAAGUUUGUUGCGUAUUUCCUUACCUGUUUAAAAUGUAAGCGUUGUCAUCUUCUUAAAAGUAUG